AUGCACGUCACCAUCAUCACCCAGCAGCCCUUCUGGGGCGUCGCCCACUCGCGUGACCACCGGAAAGCGCCCUGUCUGAUCAACGGGACGGGCAGCACUAACACCACGCUGAAGAUAUCGCUGCUCGCGCAGUCCGGCGAUGAGCUCUACUGCGGCGUGCAGCGCUUCAAGGGCGAGCGGUCGCUGUCGCUGGCCGUGCGGCCGCACAAAUCGCUGGAGCUCUCUGAGGACCGCUUCUUCUACCUCACCUGCCACACGGGCUACAAAAAUGUGGCCGGUGGGACUUAUCGGGUAGCGCUAAAGUUGCUCGAUGAGGCGGGCAAUCGGGUGAACCGACUGGUGCACGGCAGCCCUUAUCGACUAAGGGCAGAGCUGUCGCCGAGGGACAGCAUCACUACACUGCGCAUGAAAAACUGCUUUGUCUUUGCCAAAUCGACCGACCACGUUGAGCUAGUUGACCGGUCUGGUUGUCCGGCGGCCUCCGGCCUAGUGUCCGCCUUUGUCUACAACGACUCAGCCUCAGGUGAGGCGCGCAUUCCGGAGAUGUUCAAGUUUGCCGACGAGGCAAAGGUGCACUUUCAGUGUGACGCCCUGCUUUGUCGAGAGGGUUGUGAUGAGCCGGACUGCGAGGGCACCUCAAAGGCACGUGAGUUUGAGCUGGACGGCUACUCUCAGGUGUCUGCCAGUACGACGGUGCAGAUUAGAGAACCCUCCGAUUCGGAUGCACUCACCAACCCCGACAUUGCGGCAGACAAGCCGCUAGAGUGCACCGAGUGGCGCUUUCCCUGGCUGAUCACCUUGUGCAUCUGUCUGGCCAUCAUGCUCCUGGUGAUGCUCCUCCUCAACCUCUUCAUGUGCUCCAGCAUGACCUGUCGGUGCAUCAAGACGGAGGAGAAUGAAAAGGAGCCCUCCGAUUACGGCGACUACGACCCUUAUCGAGCCGACUGGACGGCGCCCAACUCGCUGCACGGAUCACGGUACUCGCUGGAGAAUGCCCGCAGCGGUGCUCCUGGCGGGCGAAUCGGGGGGCCCGGCAAUGCCCACCACAGCGGCUACACCAGCACCGAUGAGACGGUCAACUCGGAGACGACCUCGGGUCGAGGAGGUGGUGGCGGCGGACAGGACAAUGACAGCUACGUGCCCGAUCGACAGUACAUUCACGGGGAUCCCGCUCAGCAGAGGAUGCAACAGAACCGCCCCCGACGACACCUGUCCAACAACAACAGCUCUUCGGAGGAUGACAGCGACGAUGAUCAGCACCACCGCAACCGAAUGAAUCACUCUCGGCCUGACUCUCGUGCCAACUACUCACUUGCCUCCAACUCGAUGCGACCAAUUCGUCCAAAGGAGAUUGAUUACGAUGGCGGCGGCGGCGGUGGUUACAACUACAACACGGCACAUCGAUACUAA